CAGACUCUCUGGUGUCAACCACUCUAAGUCUGCAGACCAGCAGGAGAGAAGCUGGCAGGGUCGGCCGUCAUUGGUUUUGGACUAUGGUUUCGGUUUGGAGGCACCAUGAAGGACUUCUCAUCAGAGGACAAGUCCCCGGAGUAUUUCUACAUGGGACUGUAUGUACUGGUUGGAGCAGGGGCCCUGAUGAUGGCUGUGGGCUUCUUCGGAUGCUGCGGAGCCAUGCGGGAGUCGCAGUGUGUGCUCGGAUCUUUCUUCACCUGCCUACUGGUGAUCUUUGCUGCUGAAGUAACCACUGGAGUAUUUGCUUUUAUAGGCAAGGGUGUAGCUAUACGGCAUGUUCAGACCAUGUAUGAAGAGGCUUAUAAUGAUUACCUGAAAGACAGGGGAAAGGGAAAUGGGACCCUCAUUACCUUCCACUCAACAUUUCAGUGCUGUGGAAAAGAAAGCUCUGAACAGGUCCAACCCACAUGCCCAAAGGAACUUCUAGGGCACAAGAAUUGCAUUGAUGAAAUUGAGGCCAUAAUCAGCGUUAAACUCCAGCUCAUCGGAAUCGUCGGCAUUGGAAUCGCAGGUCUCACGAUCUUUGGCAUGAUAUUCAGCAUGGUCCUUUGCUGUGCAAUCCGAAACUCAAGAGAUGUGAUAUGAAGCUACUUCGACAUGAAAACUGCAAUCGAGAGCUUUCAUACAGCUGUCACAGGACCUGGCUCCUGGCUCAUUUUUAAUACUCAAAGGACAUUAGGAUCUUAAAAUAAUUUGCUGUCAAUUGUACAUUUGCACAUGUAUGUAUGUUUGGCUCAUUCCUCGUUUACCCCUUGAGUGAAUGCUCUGUGUGUUGACUGACAGCAUAUUCAUGUGUGAUCUGUGUGUUUCUGGUAUACGCAUUAUACAGAAUGAAAUCUGUUGGCUGAAAAUUCCUGGUUCUUGUUAUGUUAGAGGAACAAUCUAUUUAACUCUCAGAAAAAAAAGAUCAUAAAACUUUGAUACACUUUAAAAAACUUGGCUAUUCAGAAGAAGUGAUAAUGGGUCAUUCUCUCAGAUUCUAGCCAUAGAAAGUUAGAUACAGAGAAUUCAGGGAUUUCUAGUUAACAGAAGCAGUAAGUUAUGGGAAUUGAGAGAUCGUGGCGGGGUGCUAAAAUUGACUGCCUCUGAGUUGGGUGUCAGGGUUUCCUGGGAUUUUUUUUAUAUACAUACUCUCCCCAGAACACAGUAAGCCACAGUUUUAGAACUAAACACAUCUGUAAAACUAAAUAUAGCAUGGAAAAUCUUAUUUGAAUAACUCAUACUUUCCUAGUAUUUAAAAACAAAAAACUCCCUCUGGAAAGAGUGGUCACACAGACAAUCAUGUGCCCUAUAAAAGUGAGUGUUUUUAGGACUUCAAAAGAAAAAAACCUUUUAAGAACUUUUUGAAGACAUUUUUUUUCUUAUGUAAGUACAUUUAAACAUUGCUUUAUUACUUACUUUCCUUUUCUGACUCUGUUCUGAACUACAGCAACCCUCACACAAACAAAAGGGCUUUUAUCUCAAAUUUUUCCGUGUUUCUCCAAAUGUAAAGAUAGAAAGACUAAAGCCAGAGAUCUGGCAGUUGCAAUUAGUGGGAAAGAGAAUUUUCAUGGGCACUGUAUCCUUGAAAUACCUCAUAACUUGAGUUUACAUAUUUUCCUAAUUUUUUCUAUUUUUCUUACUCACCUAGAGAAUUCUUCAUAGAUUAUGAACUAUAGAUUCCACCACUUAGGAAAACAAAACCCUUCCUAAUUCAAAUAUUAUAAGCAUCCUUGGCCAAACCAAAAUAGAGAAAGAAAAGCAUCU